AUGAAUGUUAAAGCUAUCAUAGCAUUGCUGCUUAUGGAUGUUAAAGCUAUCAUAUCAUUGCUGCUUAUGAAUGUUAAAGCUAUCAUAUCAUUGCUGCUUAUGAAUGUUAAAGCUAUCAUAUCAUUGCUGCUUAUGAAUGUUAAAGCUAUCAUAUCAUUGCUGCUUAUGAAUGUUAAAGCUAUCAUAUCAUUGCUGCUUAAGAAUAUCAUUGUUGCUUAUGAAUUUAAAGCUAUCAUAUUAUUGCUGCUUAUGGAUGUUAAAGCUAUCAUAUCAUUGCUGCUUAUGAAUGUUAAAGCUAUCAUAUCAUUGCUGCUUAUGAAUGUUAAAGCUAUCAUAUUAUUGCUGCUUAUGGAUGUUAAAGCUAUCAUAUCAUUGCUGCUUAAGAAUGUUAAAGCUAUCAUAUUAUUGCUGCUUAUGGAUGUUAAAGCUAUCAUAUCAUUGCUGCUUAUGAAUGUUAAAGCUAUCAUAUCAUUGCUGCUUAUGAAUGUUAAAGCUAUCAUAUCAUUGCUGCUUAUGAAUGUUAAAGCUAUCAUAUCAUUGCUGCUUAUGGAUGUUAAAGCUAUCAUAUCAUUGUUGCUUAUGGAUGUUAAAGCUAUCAUAUCAUUGUUGCUUAUGGAUGUUAAAGCUAUCAUAUCAUUGUUGCUUAUGGAUGUUAAAGCUAUCAUAUCAUUGUUGCUUAUGGAUGUUAAAUAA